ACAGUGCAACUGAUCUCCUCUUCUUUGCAACGUCAACGCAGACCAAGGUGUCGUUACUUUCGUGCUGUUGUGAGCACCGUGCCCCGGAGUAAGAGGCCUGUUCCCUGGGUCGCCCCCAAACCCGGCACCCUCAUCCACCCUCAUCCAUACCUACCUUCGGGUGACCAGCACCGAUACCUCCAGGGCGUCUUACAAAACCGUCCUUCAAGUCCGCCACCCGAAAUUUGUCCCAUCCUGCACUCCCUUCCACCUACCUAUAUAUAUAUAUACACACACAUCCCACUCCUUAGACACACAAUGCUGUCUCUCAACCCGCAACAAGACUAUCAACACCAGCCUCGCUGCCUCCCAUUCAGACCCUUCACCUCAGGCCGCCCCUCCUCCGACCUGCCGUUGUACACCAUGGCCAUGGGCAACAGCACCGCAAGUGGCCUCGGUGCCUCUUCCUCGGCAAAACUGUCCAAGACUGCCACGACUUCAUCUGCCACCGUGGCGCAAGCUCUCGAGGUUGCACGAGAGAGCCCAGACGGCGCCUCGGAUUCCACAAUCAGCGGUAUCCUCGAGGAGGCCCUGGAACAGACUUGGUCCAAAAUCACCGCACAGCCAAGCUCCUACAUCAUGAGCCGAGACGAGUUUGCCGUCUUCAACUACUUCCAACAUCGGUUUGUCGAUAACCGUACCGCGACGGAGGCGAGAAGCCGGUAUUGGGACAAUAUGACAGGGCCACCCGCCAACUAA